AGGUUGCAUCUCAUGGGGAGUCUGACUCUGCUUUUUUCGCCUUUUUGUGCGCUUUUUAUUUUCUUACUUGUUUGCUUCGUUCAACCUGCACACAGGCGUUUGGUGUGAAUAAACGCUAGCAAGAAAUAUUGGAAAUACGGUCCUUUUCUUUUUCCGCGCGCCACAUAAAUGCCAAUUCCAAAAUACUCAUUGACGACAAUCAACAAACAAGAGAGAGGUCUUGAUCUGCGCUUUACUUCCUGCGCUUUUGCAAAAUCGACACGUUAGGAAUAUUCGAAACACCACACAGUUAGCUAUCUUCUUUGCCUAAAAACUGGGCAACAAGAGCGAGUAAACCGCCGAUUACCAUAACUAAUAUUCCAAGUUAAUAAUUUAUUAUGGAAACUGUUUUCUCGACAUGCAGACGAUUUCAUUCUUCCGAGCCAUACUUCCUCUAUACUCAUUCUUUCGAGCCAUACUUCCUCUAUACUACACUUUCACAUUAACUUUCGAAGUCAUUAAAAAUGUCUUUGCCACUUCUGGUCAAACGUUAAUGUAUGGAUUUCAGCCAUAAAAGAGUUCAAAAAGUUAUAAAGCGUCUUUAAGGAUCCUCAACGGACUAAUCGCAUAGUUGUCAUAAUAAGGCAAAUAUUAUCAGUUCUACAAACGAAUACCGAAACAUAAUAUUAAUAACAAGGUCUUUCAGUCCUUCGAAGAACAAUGACUACUUAAACAAGCAUCAUUUGACCAUGCCUAACCCACGGCUAUUGGCUGCGAGGGCCAGGUGACAAUGUCUCGCGCAUGCGCAUGUCAAGUUUGAUAAUUGGCUAGGCUUCAUGCAGGUGGAAAUCCCUCUAACGUUUUGCGUACAUAGGAGGUUUAGUUCUGUGUUAUAUAAGCUCUUAGGAACACUGGAUUUUUGUUACUUGUAUUGAUUGGCAAGAUGAAGGAGGACACUGGUAGCAUCAAGAGCGGUCUUAAUGAACAAGAAGUCAUCCAGCAAGUGCAGAACAAUGACGAAGACAAGAUGCCGGAGAUAGAGAAGGUCGAACGACCUUUAACAAAAAACUAUUUCAAGAAACCUCCGUUUGAAGAGAGGAAGCACUUGUGUCCUGUUUGCGAAGACAUCUUCGUUAGCCCAGUGCAGAUAAAAGAAUGCGGCCACAGGCUCUGCCAGCAUUGCUACAAGACAAUUUGGAGGUCACCAGAGCCAAAAUGCCCAAAAUGCUCAGGAGACUUGGAUGACAAGAUACCCGAUGUAGAUCAAGCGUUCGAGAACGACAUGAAUGAACUGCCAUGCAGAUGUAUUAACCACGAGUGGGGAUGCAAGGUGGAAGUACCGUUUACACAAAUGAUUACUCAUAAAGGCGAGUGCGAAUACAGUGACAUUUUGUGUGAUAAUGACUGUGGAGCCAAGUUCCAGAGACGCUUUAAACAGAAACAUCUUGACAAGGAUUGCCCAAAGAAGAUCAUUUCUUGUCCAUAUUGCGAUGACAGACAUCUCAGGGAAAACAAAAAGGAGCAUCUGGAGGAUUGUCUGCUAAUCCCUCUUCCUUGCCCAAACAAAUGCGACAAGACACUGACAAUCCCAAGGGGACAGCUCGAUGAGCACAUUGAGAAGGAAUGCCCGAGAGCGAAGCUGAUGUGCGAAUUUGAAAGCCUUGGGUGCCAACAUAGGUGCAGUCGCGAGAAGAUGGCGAAACACAUGAAAAGUGAGAUUAUCGGACACGUCAAAAUGAUCUUCGGCGUAGUGUUGGAACAGAAAGAGAAAUUGGACAACCACGCGCAGAAGUUUGAAGAGCAUGAAACUAUCAUGAAACAAGUCGACAGCCGCGUGGGAGACCUUGAGAAGAUUGCGCACAGUCAGAUCAUUUGGAGAAUAGAAGACUAUACCAGAAAGCUAAAGGAAGCGAAAGCAGGCAAUGCGGAGACCUUGUUCAGUCCCACCUUCACCACGAGCAAGCAUGGCUACCGACUGUGUGCAUCGGUUUGCCUCAACGGCGACGGCAAGGGGAAGGGGACACACAUGUCUGUCUUUGUUAGCGUGCUUAAAGGUGCGUUUGACGCCCUUCUCAAAUGGCCUUUCCACUACCGCGUCACAUUCUUUCUCCUAAACCAACACGAGAACCCUGAAGAGCGCAAACACGUCAAGUUCAGCAUCAAACCUAACCCGAUCCCUGACAACGAGCCAUUCUUGGGCCGUCCGCGACUGGAGAAAAACGCUAGCUUUGGCGGCGCUAAAUUCAUCAAACACGAGGAAAUAGAGUCAGGAAACUUCAUCAAAGAUGACACUGUCUUCCUCAAGGUAUCGGUGGACUGUGAUGGACUCAGUGAACCGUAGGCAUCUUAGGCAUCGCUCAUUCAUGGCAGUCAAGCGACGUGGAAAAUAGAAUAGCAUUACACUCAAACUAUUAGGAUACAAAUACUUAGGAUACCAUCGCCAUGAUACAGACGAAGAGAAGUUUUCAGCUGGCGCAUUACAAAAAAUUUGUCAAGUGCACCUUUUUAAUCCCUGACGAACAUGAUCUCUCCUCUAUACUCUCUAUAUUCUCUCUCUUCGCUGUUGAAUCGAAUUAAGACAUAAGGUCCAGCCCAAGCGAUUCGUUUUUCACCACAUUACGAAGCACUACAAGUCCUACACCAGCCUCAAUUUUAAGAGAUUUGCACGAUACACUCAAGUAUUGUAUACUAUUUAUUACUGAUUGUUAUGGAGAGAUAUAGUUUCGAGGCUUGAUGAUCACCUUCAUUGCCAGUUCCUCGCAGUUGGCAGAAGCUAGGUAUGUCCUAGGUCCCCGCUCUACCCGUGAUGCCUCGCCAUGGUGGCACCAUUCUUGAAACAAGCAAAAUUCCAGAAAUAUCUAGAAAUAAUACCUUGCAUUAUUUCUUUUUAGUAUUCGACUGGUGCGUGCCUGUGUGCUCUGCCUUUGAUAUGCAAUGUAGUACAUAUGGGCUUUCGUGUUCACAAUAAAAUGCACUCAUUCAUUCAAAAAA